AUGCCGUACAUCAAACAGGAGGCGGAGCUAGACACUUUCAGCAUUAAAGAAGAAGAACAGGAAGCUGAAAUCCAUCCGUUUCCAGUGACUGUCAUUGUGAAGAGAGAAGAAGAUGAAAGUCCAAGUGAAAAGAGCGGAGCAGCGAAACCUUCGAGCGACAGCUCAUUUCAGCACCUGACAACAAAAGGAGAGGGACGAUCACAACCGAACGGCCUGUUAGCACCGCUCUCGGACAGCGACGACAUAACGUCACACUCUUCUGACUUUAACACUGCUGAGGAGGAUGUUGACUCCAACCAAAAUGCUUCGAAAUCCUUAAACAAGUCACCAUUGAAAAGAGAAACACAAGAAUGUACGGAUAAGAAGCAUUUAAACAAACACGCAACUACACACAGAGGAGAGAAGCCUUUCGCCUGUUCCAUGUGUGAGAAAAGAUUUUAUUUUCAGUCUGAGUUGACAAUACACACGCGGACACACACUGGAGAGAAACCUUUUGCCUGCACACUAUGCGACAAAAGAUUUUCUCAGAAGUCUGGUUUAAAAACGCAUAUGCGUAGACACACUGGCGAAAAACCUUUUGUUUGCACAUGUUGUGGUAAAAGAUUCACUCAGAAGAAACAUUUAAACGGACACGCAAGAACCCACACUGGAGAAAAGCCUUUCUCCUGCUCAAUUUGUGGUAAAAGAUUCGCAGAGAAGGGGAAUUUAAACAAGCACGUAAGCACACAUAGUGAAGAGAAGCCUUUCGCCUGCUCCUUAUGUGAGAAAAGAUUUUACUCUCAGUCUCAGUUGACAACACACAUGUAUACACACACUGGAGAGAAACGUUUUGCCUGCACACUAUGCGACAAAAGAUAUUCCCACAAGUCUGAUUUAAAGACGCAUAUGCGUAGACACACUGGGGAAAAACCUUUUGUCUGCACAUGUUGUGGUAAAAGAUUCACUCAGAAGAAAAAUUUAAACGGACACGCAAGAACCCACACUGGAGAAAAGCCUUUCUCCUGCUCAAUUUGUAGUAAAAGAUUCACAGAGAAGCGGAAUUUAAAGAAACACGCAAGCACACAUAGUGGAGAGAAGCCUUUCGCCUGCUCCUUAUGUGAGAAAAGAUUUUACUCUCAGUCUCAGUUGACAGCACACACGCGUACACACACUGGAGAAAAGACUUUGUUGUAA